GUAUUUCCUGCCUGUAUAUUAACAAAAUAUAUUUCAUUCAGGAAAAGAGCUUUCUGUGCAGAUCUGCUGGUAUCACAUUGUAGGAGUUAUGAUGUACAUUUGGGCCUCUCUUCACCAACACAAAUGUCUUGUGAUUCUAGCAAAUCUUAGAAAAAGUAAAUCAGGAAAGGUCGUAAGUCUGAGCCACAGUGUACCUUUCGGAGACUGGUUUGAGAGAGUUUCUUGCCCUCAUUAUUUUGCAGAGCUCCUCAUAUAUGUAUCUAUGGGCAUCGUGCUUGGAUUUCACAAUGUGACGUGGUGGUGUGUAGUGAUGUAUGUUCUUUUUAACCAGGCACUGGCUGCUGUUUUGUGUCACGAGUUCUAUCAGAAAAACUUCAGCUCCUACCCAAAGCAUCGAAAAGCAUUUAUACCCUUUGUUUUUUAG